AUGCAUCCGGCCUCGGAACUGUUCUCGCCCGGUUGCAUCCCUACUUUCAGAAACGGGUGGUCAAGGCCCUACAAUUCAACUGACAGCGGGGAGAGAAUCGGAAGCCCUACAUUGAGCAGUGGCACCUUACCGGCAUUCAGUCCACUUCAACCAUCGAUCGGGGGUUCAGGUAUCCCAACAGAUUUUGCUUCUGAGCAUGAUUUCGGGCUUGAGCAGUUGUUUUAUAGUCACGAUGACAGUGUUGACCAGGUUAAUGGCCUAGACAUCACUCCUGCUUCCAACAAUGGAACCAUUGAAUUUCUACAAACCAUUCCCAGUACUGCGUUGGACCUUGAAAAUGGAGAUGGCAAGGCCUUUCCGAAAAUUGAACCGACGAGGUCUGACAAUUGGGGAUUGCUAUCCAGGGCAAACUCUUUUUUGGAGGAUGUGGAUGUGGCGACCAGACUACGAACACAAGACUCCCUUGAUAAGCGCCCGAUCACAUAUGGUUUCCACCCCAAAAACAGUUUUUAUACACCAGAGAUGCCGCGACAUGAUGGACUUUUCUAUCAGCCCAACGAUUACGAUCCCUGGCAGGUCAAACCCGCUCGGACUCCACAUGCCCGAUGGGAGACAACGGGAUUUCCACAAAAGUCACCUUAUCCCCUUACUUCCGAGUCUGAACAGUGCGCAGCCGAGUGCAGUUCCAAAGUUCCGCAGCCGCAAGAAUCGAAAAAGCGAGGCCGAAAAGCCGACAUUCCAGGCAUCUUGACUUUCAAGGUUGAGCUGUCAAAUGAGCCAUCGGUCCACGUCAACGACUCAGCACGGACACCGCCGGCCAAACGAAAGCGGUCAAGGUCACCAAGGGAUAUCCUUGCUCUAACACCCCCUCGGCCAGAAAAAAAGGUCCGCUUGAAGUCUGGAGAAUCUUGUGUGCGUUGCAGAUUAUACCAUGAAAAGUGUGAUGGAAGGACUCCCUGCCAGCGAUGUGACCAACUUUCGAUAUGGCAACCAUUGUGUACACUGGCCACCUUCUCCGAGAGUGGCUGUUUCAAGAAAGGCCUGUAUCGUAGUCGUUGCACAAUCUUGUCGAAGAACAUCCAGCGCUGGCUGCCUCAUGAUACCCAGCCUCUCGUAGAUAUCGAGGUAUCACUUGGCUUGGAUGCAACAUUGCCGUUGAAGGUGGAAAAGUUUGUGCCCAAAGAUCCUGACCUUCUCCAUCAUAUCGCCUUCAGGAACAAAACAAGCGUCUUCCUGAGGAAAACACCCACCGAGGCAUUUGGUCUGUGUACUUGUACAGUGUCACGCGCGGAACUUGACACUUUUCUGGACAAAAUGAUUCCCCCGCUCAUUGCGGAGACGGCCUGUUCAACCGAUGCCAUAUGGAAAGCAACCUUUGAGGCAGCUUUGAGGCUCAGUGUCGAUGAGACUAGAAAGGAGACCUUAAUGAUCCGAAGGCUGCUGAGAGUGUGGGCUGCACACAGCGUAUUCUUCGGACGUAUUUGGCGUAUCAAGAAAGGGGCAGAAGCUUUGGGUGCACAGUUCCAUCCAGAAAUUGGUGCUGCGGACGUCCCUCGUCUUCUCUACUGGCAACUGGAUUGGAUUGUCGAGAAUUACAUGAUGAAACUGGAAAGUCAGAUCCUGAGAGACCUCGAAGACAUUAUACUUCCUCGUACGCAGAAGGGCUCUCGACAUCGUCGGCAAUUAGGCGCCGGCUUUGCUGUCUUCAUCUCAUGCUUUCUUUAUUUGAGUACACUGGAAAAGGACAGCUGGAAUUUAGAAGCUUGGAGAGCAAAAUCUGCGAGAUGGGCCAAUGAUCCAUCGGUGUCGAACAAUCCGACCAUGGUCUGGCCAUUGACCAAGACCGUACCAGAGCUCCUUCGUGAGAAUGAGCAACAAGCUAUCACGGUGGCAAACCACUUGCGCGCCAUGCACAGAGCCGAAUUUCCUUUUCGGCAGGAUAAGGCUGGCAGGUUUGUCCCCAACGGCAUGAAGACCACCCGCGAAGUGGACGAGUACGCGGAGAUCCUGAACAAGGAACUUUCGGACACCCUUGAGCAACGGCUGAUGUUCCGCUUGUCGGGGGCAUUUUCUGAAGAUGACAUGCAGUCGCUCGACUACAAGUUUACCCGGCUAAUUCUCGCAAACGUCUGA